UCGCGCAGCGGCGGCGGCGGCAGCAUGAGAGAGAGAGGAGGAGAGCGAGCGCGCGCCGCACUCUCACCGUUAGGGAGGGAAAACAAACAGAAAUAAUCCGCCGCUUCGGGUCGGACCGACGUCUCUCUCUCUCUCUCUCUCUCUCUCUCGUGUGGAUGCUUUAAGGACCCGCGCAUUUGUAUUAUUUUUAUUAUUAAUCUGAAAGCGGGAAGGCGCGCGAGCGGACGGGAAUCUCGGACCGGCUGACUCGCUCGCGCUCGCCAUGGGCUGCUCGUUAAGCGUGGAGGAGCGCGAGGCGCUGGACCGGAGCAAAGCCAUCGAGAAGAACCUGAAGGAGGACGGAGUGAACGAGGCGAAGGUCGUGAAGCUGCUGCUGCUCGGUGGAGGAGAGUCUGGGAAGAGCACUAUAGUCAAACAGAUGAAGAUUAUCCAUGAAGAUGGUUUCAGUGGAGACGACGUAAAGCAGUUUAAACCCAUCGUCUACAGCAACACCAUUCAGAGUCUCUUCUCCAUUUUAAAGGCGAUGGAGACCCUCAUGAUCGAGUAUGAAGACAAUGGCAGGGCUUCUGACGGGAAGUUAGUCUAUGACAUCAUUAACCGUAUGGAGGACACAGAGCCGUACACACCUGAAGUUCUGGCGGCCAUGAAGCGUUUAUGGAAAGAUGGAGGAGUCCAGGCCUGCUUCAAUCGAUCACGGGAAUAUCAGCUCAAUGACUCGGCUCAAUAUUACCUGGACAGUUUGGACCGAAUCGGGGCAGCUGAUUACAUGCCCACUGAGCAGGACAUCCUGAGGUCGAGGGUUAAAACCACCGGGAUCGUGGAAACACACUUUUGCUUCAAGAACCUCAACUUCAGGCUUUUUGAUGUUGGAGGUCAGAGAUCAGAGAGGAAAAAAUGGAUCCACUGCUUUGAAGGCGUGACGGCGAUAAUCUUCUGUGUAGCAAUGAGCGGCUACGACCAAAUGUUACAUGAAGACGAGACAACGAACCGCAUACACGAGUCCCUCAUGCUCUUCGACUCCAUCUGUAAUAACAAGUUCUUCGUCGAUACUUCCAUCAUCCUCUUCCUCAACAAGAAGGAUCUGUUCGGGGAGAAGAUCAAAAAAUCUCCGCUGACGAUUGCUUUCCCAGAGUAUACAGGUCCGAACACGUUCGAAGAAGCGUCUGCGUAUAUUCAGGUUCAGUUCGAGAGUAAAAACCGUUCCCCUAAUAAAGAGAUUUACUGCCACCUGACCUGCGCCACCGACACGGGAAACAUUCAGGUGGUGUUCGACGCCGUCACUGACAUCAUCAUCGCCAACAACCUACGUGGCUGCGGCCUGUACUGAGCCGCGCUCGGCCUGCUGUCAUCAACACCACCGUCUCUCGUCAUCAUGGUAAUGAGCGACUGAACUGAAGCUCCGCCCCCAUCGACCAACAUUAUCUCGUUCUGUUUUUUUUUUUAUCAUCCUGAGUUUAAAUGGGAACUGGUGUGUGUGUGUGUGUGUGUGUGUGUGUAAUAAUUCGUGUACAGCUAAAUUUGGAAAUUUUGUAACAAACUGGGAAAAAAAAAACAUGUGAAACGAGCUUAAAUGCAAGUUUUCACAAAUCCUCAGGAUUCUCAAGAGAGAUGAGUAUCUCCUUUUUUAUUUUGUAACUAAUGAAUAUCUUUACAUGAGAUGUUAGACAUCGUUUGAUUCGUAAUGCAAAUUCCUAAACAAGGCAGCUCUCAGGCCAAAAGUCAUGAGACAUGAACGAGCGUCCGGGUGACAGCGUGGAGCGAUAAACACUCUAAAAGCACAAGUAGUUCAGAUGAAUUUGAAAUAACGCUUCACAUCAAGGUUCUCCUAGCCGACAUGGUGUAAUGAAUAAAUUAGCAUAAUCAAGCCCUGAUGUCUACACCAGGAACGAACCAAUUAACACUCGUUAAAUAUUCAAUGUUUUUUCUUUUCUUUAAGUAAUAAACCUAAUAACCUGAACACCCACAUUAAUGAAGGCGUGUACCAAAAUUCAGUGCGAGUAAACAUCAUGUGAGAGUAAACAUUUCCACCUGGACAUCAGCGUUCAGGACGUUCUCAACAUUCAGCAUCAUGACAUCAUCACUCCCGUCACCUUCGAAGCAACACGUUCCCUUUCUGACCAAUCCGAAUCCAGAACUGAACAACACCAGGAGAUAAGUGAUAUUAAUGCAGAACACAAUUCUCGUUAAGCGAAGCUUUAUGUGAAACGUUAUCAUUUCUUUGUAAAUUAUUUUAUUUAUUGAGUUGUGUAUAAAAUAUGAAGGCUUGUGUGUACAGAUUUUGUAUCUCCUGCAUGUACGUGUUCGAUCUCUAUAAACACAUCGAAGUAGUUCAGGGCACUGACAGAUCUGUACACCGAUCCGCCGUAACAUUAACACCACCGGGUGAGCUGAACCACACCCAUCACCGGCUAUAGCCUAGGUGACAUGUUGGGGCACCUGCGGGGGCCAAAGACCCGUCCGUCUGGUCCAAUGGCACAGAAAGGUCAAUGCUGGCCGUGAUAGAAAGGCACCAGAACAUCCGGUGCACCGCAGCGACCUGCACACGGGACCCGGCAGGCAAAGAGCCCGGACAAACAAGUCUGAUCCGCAGAGGCCCUGUCCCGCAACACGCAGAACCCAAAGGAUCUGUUUCUAACGCACCGUUGCCAGACACAACAGCACCCCCCAGAGACCCUGCAGAGCCACGCCCCUGUGGCACAAAGGGAACCCAAACCCUAGGUGGUUUUAAUGUUAUGGCUAAUCAGUGUAUAUCACCAUUAAUAGGAAAAAAUGUAGCAGAUAGAAAAAAAAUCAUAGUAAUAUUUAGAGAAAAUAAUAACUAAACAAACUACUAAACUCAUCUUCUUUAUCUGUGUGUGUGUGAGAGAGAGAGAGAGAUGGAGAGAGAUUAAACCUUUCUCUCUCCCUUUUUUUCUGAACCCUCAUUUCUUUCCCCUCCUCUUUUUUUUUAGAAUUAUGUUUUGUUUUAUUUAUAAAUCCUAAAAGCUCGCUCUGUUCCUACAUCACUGUACUGCUGGUUUCAUUCUGUCACCUGAUGAAACGUUUACAAUAAAAACACAGUUUGAAACCA